CCGUCAUUCAUUGCACUGCUUUGGCUCCAUGUCCACCAUUCACACCAUUGCCACUCCCCACCGCGAGGGCCAUCAUCACCAUGAAUCAUCAUCAUCCCGCCGCACUGCACCGUACCGUACCGCACUGCACAAUGCAGCAGAGCACAGAGCACAGAGCAACUUCUGGGUUCUGCCCUCGGCAUGAACCAGCACACGCUGCCCUCUUCUUCGUGCCUGCUCCCUCCCCCUCUGGUUGUCCCGCCAUCCAAUGGGCGAAAACAACACCCGUGGUCUGUUCACCCACCCCUUUCGAAUUCAGGGUCUGCCCGGCUGGGUCUUGACAUGGAUCGACUGCCGACAGCCUGACUUUCGUCGCCGUAUGCCCAUGGGGAAGGAAGCUGGGGAACCUAGGAAGGGCAAAGGCAAGGCCUGUCGUAUCCCCCAACACCCGUGUGAAUGGCUUCAUAGCUCCCCUCUUUUCCCUACACCGACCCAGAUGCCACCAAUGUUGCCUGCAUGCCCAGACAGGCCUUCAUCCAACCCAAACCGUCUUACCCAUGCCUCAACUUGGCCUGGUUUGGCAUCGUCUUUUCUGUUUCGCCCCGUGCUGAGCUGUCGACCUGCUGCCGAACCCUCUACGGUAUCUCCCCGGUCAGGUCACCUCGUCCAAGCGGUCGAGCAAGCACCAGCACGCACAGGAGAGACUGGUCCAAUGUCAAUUGCCCUCGACUACCAAGGGUAUCUGCGCGUGGACGAGCCCAUGUCCACCACGCCAAUGAAUCAGUGCAAAUGUACCAGCUAGCCGUUUGCGUGGUCCGUUUUCUUUUUCCCUCGCUCUGCAACCCCCGUCUGCUGCCCUUUUUCUUACCACACACACACACUCACUCGCACUAGUAGCUUUCGUACAUACAUGCACACCUAGGCGAGCCUCUCUCUCUCAUUCUCUCUCUCUCUCUCUCUCU